GAAUGACCCCAGUAUAGAAACUCAAUAGAAUUACCUACGUAAUUGACUAGUUUGGAGCAAUCUGGGGAUCGUGUAGAGUAUGAUUUCCCCUAAAACAUAUAAAGGAGGCUUCUCGCGGACAAGUCUCGUGGCGAGUUUUUCGCUAUUUUAUUGUAUACCAGAGAAAACAUAACUCAAUCAUAAGUCUUUCACUUACCUCGUAUACUAUUAUAUUACAUUCUUUAAUUACCUUCGCUUUCGAAUGACUCGACUUUCGUUCAGCAUUUUCUGGGUGUCUACGAUCAUAUCCCUCGCUUAUGGCGCCUUCAACAUAUCCGGCAAGAAUAAUGUUGCUGUCUACUACGGCCAAGGCGCAAGCCAACAGUCGCUAGGCACAUACUGCGCCGACCCGAACAUCGACGUCAUCAUCCUCUCGUUCGUGAACCUCUUCCCGGCCCAAGCCAACGGCUUCCCGGGCCUCAACUUCGGCAACCAGUGCGGCUCGACCGUGUAUCCGGGCCCCGGCUACAACGGCUCCACCAACGCGACCACCAACGCGCUGUACCAGUGCCCCAACAUCCAGCGCGACCUCUACACCUGCCGGCAAACCGCCCCCAACAAAAAAUUCCUCCUCUCCCUCGGCGGCGAAACCCCGCAGUACCAGCUCACCGGCAGCCCCGACGGCACCAGCUUCGCCAACCUCCUCUGGGGCCUCUUCGGCCCGCGCACCGCAGCCUGGGUCGCCGCCUCCCAGCCCCGCCCCUUCGACUACAACGGCGUCCCCUUCGCCGUCGACGGCUUCGACCUCGACAUCGAACACCCCCCCACCGACGGCUGGGCGGGGUACACCGCGCUGGCGACGCAGCUGCGCGCGAACUUCGGCGCCGGCGCGGGGUCGAGCUACCUCCUGACGGCGUCCCCGCAGUGCGUGGUCCCCGACGCGAACCUGUACGGCGUGCUGCAGCGCGCGGUGUUCGACGUGCUGUUCGUGCAGUACUACAACACGCCGCAGUGCAGCGCCGCGAGCUGGGUGGGCGCGAACCCGGGCUACGUGCCCGGCGCCGCGAGCUUCAACGGCGCGGGGUUCACGUUUGACGCGUGGACGUCGUGGCUCGCGGGCACGCCGAGCAAGAACGCGCGUCUGUUCGUCGGGCUGCCCGGGUCCGCGCAGGCGGCGAGCGCGGCGUCGGUGGUGACGCCCGCGGGGGCGCUGAGCCUGGGGAGCGCGUUCUUCUGCCGGGCGAACUUCGGCGGGUUCGCGGUGUGGGAGGCGACGUAUGGGGCGAGCAAUGUGGUGGGCGGGCUGAACUUCCAGGAUAAUAUGAAGAAGAAUUUGAAUGUGUCGGGGGCGGACACGAGGUUGGCGUGUGUGAUCCCGGUGGCGAGUAGCACUAGCUCUAGCUCGUCGAGCUCAACGUCCACGAGUUCGUCCAUAACUUCAUCUCCGACUAAGUCGACUUCGUCUUCUACCCAGACGGCGAGUAGUAGUACCAGUAGUACUCCGGCAAUCUCAACCAACAACCGUUGUGGAAAGGGGUUCGGCACCGCGUGCGGGUCUGGGAUGUGCUGUAGUCAGUAUAGCUAUUGCGGUACUGGAAGCACGUACUGCGGCACGGGAUGUCAGAAAGGGUUCGGGACGUGUACCUAGGCUACCUAGGUAGUUUAGCUCAGGGUUCGGACCAACCCAACUACAUCUCCGACCCCCUCUGGUGUAGUUGGGUUGGUUAUAAUACACGACCACCUCCGGUGUAGUGUAUACACGACCCCCUCUGGUGUAUUACACUUACGAAAAUUGCUGGUGU